AUGGCUUCUUUGGCUCAAAUCCUUGCUGGAGCUGGCGAUCUCGAGGCCCAAAAUCCUCCAGAUUACCUUAUCAAUGCUCCAAUUGAGGUGAGGAACCGUGCUCAAGCUUUGAAGGGUCUUCACUUGGACAUCAUUGAUGUUCAGGCUGAAUUCUACGAGCGUGUGCACCAAUUGGAAGUUGAGUUCCGAAGCAAGUACGACAAAAUCAACGCGAAGGUAAGGUUUUUGAUUUUAUUUGAGCGUUUAGGUAUACAGAGGUUUGAUUUGUGUCUGGAAUUAACAUAUAGGUGUUAUAUUUUAUGGUGAAGAAGACUUGUUUUAAUAACUGAUCUUUUAGCGUACCCAAAUCGUUGACGGAACUUACGAACCCACGAGCGAAGAAGUUAGCCGCGAAAAGCUUUUGACAUACCUUGACGAGGAAGCCACUGCUGUAUGUUUAAAUUAUUAUACUUUGUACAAGUUGUGUUAUCUAAUUUGAAUAACUUUGGUUUUUCAGAAGUUUGAAAACUCUGCUCCAGUGAAUGGUGGUGAGAAAGUUAAAGGCAUUCCAAACUUCUGGUUGAAUGUGUUGAAGAACUGCCCACAAGUUGGUGAGAUGAUCACUGAAGAUGAUGAGCCAGUAUUGAAGCACUUGAAGGACAUCAAGGCUGAUAUUGCUUCUGACCCAGCUGGUUUCAGCAUCACAUUCGUCUUCGAAGAGAACCCUUACUUCACUAACACCGAACUGAAGAAAGAAUACACUCUUUCCAUUGGACCAAAUGGCUUUGAACAGAAGGUGUUGUACGAUGGACCUAGUGUUAUCAAGACCAACCAGUAUGUUGUUGUUAUUUUUUCUAUAAUAAUAUUUUUGAAGUGGUUUUUAAAUAUUAUUUGAUAGAUAAACUGUCUUUUCUUUUUAUACUGAUGUACUUAUUUUCAGAUGCAAGAUCGACUGGAAGGAAGGCAAAAACGUCACACAAAAGGUUGUCAAAAAGAAGCAAAAGAAGGGCCAAAGUGCUGGUCGUAUUGCGGUUAAAACUGUUAGUUUAGCGUAUGAGUUGUGUGGUCUUAAAUGUUAAUCGUGGUUUAGGUGUAGUAAUAGUGAGCUGGGUCUUUUCUUUUGGCUAAUAUAAUUUGCUGUGCUUCUAACAGUAAUUUGUGUCACAUUUACUAAUCAGUAUCAUUAUAGGUCGACAAGGAGAGCUUCUUCAACCUGUUCAGCCCUGCCCACACUGAGGUCAGCGAAGACUUGCCAGAAGAUGAAGCUGAAUUGUUGAACGCCGACUUCGAAAUUGGACAGACCAUCAGAGACACGUUGGUCGACAACGCCAUCUUGUACUACACCGGAGAGAUCGCCGAUGAUGACGAUGGCUUCGACUAUGACGCCGAAGACUUUGAAGAUGACGACGAGGAGGAAGAAGAAGAAUAA